CCAUCUCCAUUCAAUCUCUCCUUUCCUCAUACUUUGGAAGUUCAAAAACUCAUGGCAACUUUUUCUGGAAUUUUUGUUGCCUCAGCAAUUGUUUUUUCUUGCUUUGGAAUAAUCACUACUUGUGGUGCUCUUUUCUCCUCCCUCCACCAAACUCUCCUACUCAGUUCUUCACCCUCACAAGGACAAGUGCUGCAAGCUGGAGGAGGACAAGUGACAAUAACAUGGUCAUUGAACAAGAGCUACCCAACAGGGACAGAUUCAAAUUACAAGACAGUGAAGGUGAAAUUAUGUUAUGCCCCACUGAGCCAAUUGGACAGAGGAUGGAGAAAGUCCAACGACAAUCUUAAAAAGGACAAAACUUGUCAAAUUAACGUUGUCACCAUGCUAUAAAAACCUUCAGACACCAAUUUCACUUGGACUAUAGACAAGGAUGUUCCUACUGCUACCUAUUUCAUUAGGGCUUAUGUUUAUGACUCUGCUGGUGAAGUUGUUGCCUAUGGCCAAACAACAGAUGCUCACAAGAAAACCAACUUGUUCAAAAUCACGGCAAUCACUGGCCGCCACGUCACCAUAGACGUAUGUGCCGCCUGUUUCUCCGUUUUCUCCGUCAUCUCCCUAGUCGGAUUCUACUUCGUUGAGAAGACAAAGGAGGCCAAAAUUUCUAGCCGAAAAUGAUCCUUCUUAAUUCAUAUUUUAGAGUUAGGUAGAAGUAGUAUGAUAUUCUAGCGUGUUAUAUUUGUUAUUUGUAUUAAAUGAGUAUACAGGUAUAUAUAGUUACUGCUUUUAUUAAUUGGGGCAGGUAAAUGUGACUGACGAUGAGCAUUUUAAAAAAAGUAAGCAUUGGUGUUAUUGGGAUAGCUAUGAAAACGAAAGGCUUAGGCAAAGACAUUAUAUUGUCAAUUUCAAAAGUAAAAUGAGUUCACUAGUAAAAAUUUAAAGGUUGAAUCUGUCAAAUUAUAUUCCCAAAUCCGAUAAG